AUGUCCAGCUACACGCAGCGGCGACUGCACAGGGGAUGCCCAACCAAGCCCAGCCCACAGGGUGUGCGCGGGAGGAGUGGCGUUAUCCUGCAACGGGCUGCCGGGGAGCAGGGCCUGGACCAGCGCCCAGAGCACCCAGACGCUCGGGUCUUCCCAGCUGACAGGAGACGCCCACCCGGGGCCGGGGCUACGGCUGCCUCGGCCGCCCGCCCUCCCCAGCUUCUAGGGCCUGGCCGGCCUCAGCCCCCGCCCUGCGGACCCCGGGGUGACCGUGGCUGCUCCUGGCCUCACCCCACACCCCUGGGCCCCCAGGCCAGCCGCACCGGGGGCACCGCGGGGGGCGGGGCUGGGGGGCAGUGGGUUCCCCUCCCGGCACCCCGGCCGAGGGGUCCCACACACAGCCCGACCGCACGUGAGAAGCACCGGGCACCGUGCCCCGCAGCUGGAUUUCUGUCCCCACCUGAGCCCGGAGCACCCGGACCUCAGGGCGGGGGCCGCCCGUGCGCAGCUGGGAGCUGCGGCCUUGGACAGGCUCCAGGGCCUGAAGUCUCCUCCUUCCCCGUGAGUGUGGACUCGGCCGAGAGCAAGGGAGCAGCCCGGCGCCCAGGAACCCCCCGCCCGCCGCCGCCGCACGGCGGCCCCUCGCUCACGCCCUCCCCCACCAGGAGGCCCCUCGGCGACCGGGCGCUGGGGCCUCAGCGUGCGCCGAGCGGCUCCCCGUCUGCAGACCCGCCCAGCCCCUCGCCCGCCGCGCCCCACCUCUGCGUGGUGGGCAGAGCAGAUGGUGCCCCAGAGCCCCCACGCAGGAGCCCUCCCCUCCGCUGCCCCAACCUGCCGCGGGCCGCGGCCUCCGCAGACUGCUCACAGCUGAGUGGGGCGCGUGUCAGACCAGCGGCUCGUGCGCAAAACAGGCUCUGCCCAGACCUGCCACUCGGAGGCGGCAGCACCCACGGUCCAGCAGAGGCGGCGUGAGGGGCCGCCACACUCUGGCCCCCCGGCUGGGACCAGGCUCUACACGGGGAGGGGGAAGAGGCGGGAGGACCCUGCCUCAGAGCAAGUCACGGCGCGGCUGCCCCGGCAUCGACGGGCUGCAGGAGCCCCCUCUGCAGGUCCUCAGCCCUCAGGCAAAUGGACGCCUGGGCCCAGGAGUUCAAGUUCAAGAACAAGCACGUGCACAGGCACACACGCAAGGGGCACACGUGUGAGCCCACACACACGUGAACACACCAUGCACCCGUUUGGACGCGCACACACACACAUACACCCAGGCACGUGUGCACACAGGCACACACACGCAGGCCCUGGUCUCAGCACCAGGGUGCAGGUGUAGGGAU